AUGGUCAUUGCGGCUGCAGUAAAUGAAAUAUCACCGCAUAUCGAAUGGGUACCAAUUGUACAGCGAAAUUUUACCGAUAUAAUUAACGAGGCGCUGCAUGAGGACUACGAAGAAAAAGCUUCAUAUCAGAAUAUGGAAAGAGAUGCAAAAGCGGGUAAAGAAAAAAUCCUUCGUUUGGAGGAGCAGCAACGACAAAGGCCAACUGCGAGCAGUGAACCCGUCAGCACAGCUGCUGCUCAGUUCAUUACAUUUACACUGCCCAAUUUGCUGCUUUUCUUUUUUAUGCACUCAUUGUGUCGGUGA